AUGUCGACGUCGACAGGCACAUCCGGCACCUCCGGCACCUCCAGUAGCCGGAGCACACGGAGCAGUCACAGUCUCCCGCCCAUCACCAAAAAGGCCGGCAGGAUAUACCUAGACACCACAGGUGCCGUUGUGGCCUACCCAUUUCCCAUCGACCUAGCCGAGACCCACAGGGAGAUCAUGUUGUCACAGCUCAACACAACCAUCUUCGGCUCCCUCAUUCUGACAGAGGAUCUCAUCCUCGGCGAAGACAAUCCUCCGCCCCGCCGUGUGCUCGAGGUGUGCUGCGACACAGGCUGGUGGAGCGCCGCACUGCACCAGCAGCUGCAGGAGAGAGACAGGCCAGCAACGGAAUUUGUGGGCCUGGACAUCAAGCCGCCCCCGCCUGACGCUGAGACGUGCUAUGAAGGGAUGGGCAUGACGUGGGAGUAUGUGCAACAUGAUGUCAACGAUACGCCGUGGCCACUUCCCGAUAACUCGUUUGAUCUGGUCAUGAUUCGCAAUGUCGCGCUUGCUUUGGACUCGAGUAAGUACUCGCAGCUUGUGCAGGAAUACGUGCGUGUGCUGCGACCUGGCGGCACACUCGAGCUGUGGGAGCACGACUACAACAUCCGGUCGAUGCGACCCAGCAUUCAACAGCGGCAGCAGCAGCAGAACCACGCUGGUGGAGGGGAUCAAAGCAAACUCGACAAGUUGGGACUGUACCCCAUUUCCGAAAGCAGGGACUUCGGUCCAGCCAGCAACGCCUGCGUGGCCGAGUACAACGCCUGGAUCAAAACCGCCCUGGCCGAUCUACACCUCCCCACCAUGCCGUGCAGCUACAUCGAGACCAUGUUCAGCGGCCACCUGGUCGAAGGCUCCGAAGACCUGGACAUGAUGCGCGUCGAGCGGGUAGCCGUACCGUUUGGUGGUGCCGAGGGCGGUGUCAGCUGGGAGCAGCAGCAGAACAUGGGAGGUCCGCGUAUCCUGACUGCCGAGCAGGAGGUUGUGCGGCGCACGGCGUUGGAAGGGUUUGUUGGCAUGGUAGAGGCAUUUGAACCGCUGCUUCGGGCUGGGGGUGAGCUGUCGCAGGUGGCAUGGGAAGAUUGGAUAGGGAAGGCGCGGAAGGACUGGCUGCAGGAUGGUGGGUUUGGACUGGGAGAAUGUCUUGAGUUUGGCGUUUGGAGCUUGAGAAAGAAGUGA